GUGAGCGAAUUCUCCAACUUCCAACCUCGCUACCCUCCCUCCUUGGAGAGGUGCGCCCUCUAGUUUUCGCGCCGCUCUACGCUCCACAAAUGCCGUCAAAACUAACUUUAAUUUAAUCCGCGAUAGUUCAGUGGACCAGAUCACGAUGGAUUUUGAAAAACCGUUGGAAGUCCUUUCAGCAUCCAUAAACUGGCCGUAGUGUUAAAACCGAGACCAUUUUUACACCAAUUAUCUUCUUCGAGAAGAUUCUGUGCUCGUAGUUAUGAACAACGACAAACUGACUUGAUUCUGUGACGAUGCUGCUUGAAAUUCUAUGUCUCCUGUCAAUCCCUCCCUUCAUUUCUCCGCAAGAUUUCCAACCGAUACUGAACAUUCGUCACAGAAAAUCCAGGAACCGGUAUCUGAGGAACCAACCAGACUUCAUUGGUUACAAUACCACCCUCAAAGAUUCCCCUUCAAACAUUUCAGACGCUCUACAUUUCCCAGAUCUUUUCCUUUUAGAAUCAUCGCCCAUCCUUCAACCUCAAAAACUGACAGACCACAGAAACCACACCGUUGAACCAACGAUGAAAAACAAGACCAGAAGAAUAACCGUAAAUGGUUCCAACACCAACAACUCCUGGAACACCAUGGACAAGAGCAUGUUGUUCAUUGGGGAAAAGGCUAUGAAGAAGAAGGUAGAGGAUGUUAGGAACUCCUCGAUGGAAGAAGAGGGAGUUAACAACGAUUUUGACGAUCUGUACGAGACAGAAAAACCCUUAGAAAACUUGAGACCAGGAAAUGUAGAUAUCGUAACCAGGUUCUUGAGGAUUGUUGAGUCACAACAUCUGCUUGGAGAAAAUUGUACAGCUGGAACUGAUUUAAAUCUUGGUGAAGGUGUGGUGGAUAGAUACGCUCAAGAAAGGUUCAGGGUUGAAGCCGACGUGGCAGUCAAUAGAGCUAAUAUGCUGACCAGACUGUGGAAAUACGCUGGGAAGGAAGUGCUUAAGUCUGAGUACCUCUUGCACGCCUCUGUCUUCAGUAUGGUGGAGUUCGAUGAUGACAUCUUUGCUGCUGGAAAUUGCUACGAUCAGUUCCAGUACCAGGACUACCUGCUGUUUUGUCCCUAUGCAUACAGGCUUCCUGAAGGGACUAUCUUGGUGAAAGAUCUGGCAGUUGAGUACAACUACCUGAGCAACACUUCUGAGUGGUUCUACAUAGCUAGGAAGAAUGCGGAGAAGGUGAUCAAGAACUUCAACCAAUUCAGCAGGGGAUACAACACCUACACCUUCAAUGGCAGUUCUCAUAGCGAAAAAGUCCCAGAUGUGAUCCUGUCAGUGCGGUAUGAAGAUGGCAAGUGGUCCAAGCCCUACUACGAUUGUGGUGGUGGCAACAUAUGGAUGUUGACCUACACUGUUCCCUUCUUUGGAUAUGCCAACAACAGCUACUUCUUCAAGGGCACCAGCGGCAUAGACGUGGACCUCCGCAGGGUGGACAUCGACCAGUGCCCUUUGCCCAAAGGAAGCACGCAGCUGAACAUAUUUGCGGCGUCGGACAAGUGCAAAAAGAGGACAACUGAGUGCGUGCCGAUACCAGGACUUGGCUUCAGACGGGGCAGCUACAAGUGCGUGUGCAAGCACGGUUUCUACUUCCCGGACACCAAGGCGGAGAAGAGGUACUACAACGGCACCGUGAUCGAGGAGGAGUACGAGAAGCUGAUGAUCGGGGAGAAAAACCGAUAUGGAAAACCUGGAAUUUUCGAAUGUCUGAGAUGUCCAGAAGGCUGUGAGUCCUGUGAAGACGACAGGCCCUGCGUGGUGUCCUUGAACUGGCUGCUGCGUUCCGUCAUCCUAGGUCUUUCCUGCGUCAUCAUCUGCUGCCUUCCAGUGGUGGUUAUUUUCACUUGGAAAUAUGGAAACGUGAAGGUUGUACGUGCCGCCAGCCCAGUUCUGCUGCGUGUCAUAACGCUGGGAGCGUUUUUCAUUUAUUGCACCAUUAUCGUCAUGUAUCCCAGGCCCAGCGUUUACACCUGCACGGCCAGAGUGUGGCUGAGGGAAAUCGGAUUCUCCUUGACCUACGGGGCGCUGAUGCUGAAGACGUGGAGAAUCUCCGUCAUAUUCAGGGUGAGAUCGGCGAAAGCAGUGAAAAUAACAGAUAUGAACCUGCUGAAACGCUUGGGCGUUAUAGUGGCCAUCUUUACCGUCUUUCUUGUGAUCAGAACGCUUGUGGCUCCACCUAUCGUCAUUGUUGGAAGGACGGCCGACGACUUGAAAGCCUACCUUUGCAGAACCGACUGGUGGGAUCAUUCUUUUUCCACGAUGGAGGUGAUCUUCCUUGUCUGGGGUAUAAGAUUAUGUAUCGUGGUGAGAAAAGCUCCAUCCGAGUUCAAUGAAAGCAAGUUCAUCUCCAUGGCCAUCUACAACGAAUUUUUGCUUUCGGUGUUUCUCAAUAUAUCGAUGUUGUUCUUGCAGAAACCAGCAAAUCCAGAUCUCCUCUACAUAAUUUUCUUCUGUCACACUCAGCUCACUGUGACCCUGUUGCUCUGUCUCAUAUUCGGCAGUAAGGCCUACAUGGUAUUCAAGCACCAUGAACCUCACGAAGACGGUUCUGGAAUGAUGUCCAAAUCCACCACCUCCAAGUUCUUGACCAAACCACGUUCCGCCAACUCCCAAUACGCCAGCACUAAUUCCUCCAUGGGAGCAGUGGAGUACAUGGGAUGCUCCGAGCAGGACGUCCAAGAAGAAUUCUUAAGGUUUUACACGCAACUUGAGAUGCUCAGAGAGAAGAAUAUGAGAAUAGGGAAUCGGCAUCUCGCCUCUAAGAUAACUGCGAUGCAAGACGCCGCAAAGACCUAUGACAGCGCCCCCAGUGAGGCGACGACCUGCAGAAUUGCUCAACUGAACAACGCGCUAGCUUUGGCACCUCCCGAAGAUAUUUCGGCCAAAUCCAAGAGAACCAGCGUGUCCUUUGCGUCUGAACCAGAUGCCAACGGAAGCGCGCCCAUAGGUAGUAGUAAAGAAGGCUGUGAAGUAGUUAAAGAAGGUAGUUCAAGUGAAACUGUCAAAAAUACCCCAACCAUAGAAUUGAAACAAAAAGAUGAAAAGUCGAGUAGCCCGAACAGUGAUAGGAAUGGAAGGUGUCUCAAAUCGGGCCACGCCAAGACGCAUUCUAUAGUCAUCAAUCUUGAUGAUAAGAGUAGGUUUACGGAGGAGGUCACGGUAUAAAACAUUGGAAUUGAAGUCUAUGCAUCUGGAACACUGAUAAAAUGUUGACGCUGCUGAACACAGUGCUUUCGUUGACUGAUUAUAUUCUCAAACUGAAUAAAGGUCUGAGAACAUAAUUGAAACCAGUGGCGUGGACUACCAAUAUCAACCAGGAGAUGCGAAAAAUAAAAGAUAAUGUUUAACUUUAUUUUGAUCGCCUUUAUCAUAAAAUGUGAUUGUAUUGAAUAUUGACGUCACUAAAAUAGUUUGCUCACUAAAUUUCGAUGUGCUCAAUGCCGAUACUCAACCUUCAAGCGGAAUUUUACAAGAUAUGGAUCACCUAAAAUAGUUUAUGGACAAUAAGAUUGAAAAAAAUUAUACAGCUAUCCUUCAUUCGUAUCAAAAAACUAUUUUAAGUGAACCAAUGUGAAGAUCUUUUGAGACUCCUUACUCAGCCCCUGUAAGUAGACUCAAAUAUUUUCAGAUCUUCACAACAAAUCAAGAGCAGUUUGAACAUAUCUAUAUUAAUGCAUAGGAUUAUGAUAUAUCAUGUUUUAUACCUGUCUUUCAAAUUUAAAAAUAUUGUUUUUUUAUAAUUAAUAGAGUGUAUAAAAUAUGUAAAUAAAAUAAAUAUAAACCGCAACUUAUAAAUAUGUUGCAGCUAUUGAUACCUGAUGUAAUGAUGUUGAUUCAAAUAAAUAUGGUUUGAAAUUUA